AUGUGCAAGUCCACACUCCAUUCAUUCCUUCAGGCGCUGCCCAAGUGUGAACACCAUGUCCACAUCGAGGGCACCCUCACGCCAGAGAUGCUCUUCUCUCUGGCCGCAAAGAACGGCAUCGAAUUGCCAUCAGAUGACCCAGCCUUUGCUUCACCCAGCUCUCUUCGUCUUCGAUAUCAGAAAUUUACGUCGCUAGAUGAUUUCUUGCGCUACUUUUUCAUCGGGUUCGAGGUUCUGCUCACCACAUCGGAUUUUGAGGUCUUGACCUACGAGCAUCUUAAGAAUGCCUACAGCCAAACCGUCCGCCACACUGAGGUCUUCUUUGAUCCGCAGGUUCACAUCGCUCGCGGGGUAUCUUACCAAACGAUGCUUAGCGGAAUGAAUACCGCUAGAGAAAGAGCUGCCCGUGACUUCCCUCAAAUGAGUGUCGCAUUCAUCCCCUGUCUCGUGCGACAUCUGCCAGCCUCCUCAGCUCACGACUUGGCCUCUGAAAUUCUCAGUCACGGCCACCUUGAGGACGCCACAUUGGUCGGAUUUGGCAUAUCGAGCACGGAAGCUGGAAGACACCCAUCGUUGUACUCAUCGGUGUACGCAACUCUGCGCCAAGCUGGUGUCGAGAAUCUCACAGCCCAUUACGGUGAAGAAGGUCCUUCAGAAUAUGUGGCAGCGGCAAUAUCGGACCUCGGCGUGAAGCGGAUCGACCACGGGCGUCGAGCCAUCGAGGAUCCGUCGCUGGUCCGACGGCUUGUUGAUGCCAAGGUCAUGCUGACAGUCUGUCCGAUAUCAAAUGUCGUGCUUAGAGGGGUUCAGGAAAUCAAGGAUCUCCCUAUUCGGCAGUUUCUAGACUCAGGAGUUAGAUUCAGCAUCAACAGUGAUGAUCCCGCCUAUUUUGGCGGCAGUCUUCUCGACAACUACUGUACAAUUCAGGAGGCAUUUGACCUUUCAAUGCCAGACUGGAAGGUCAUUGUAAGGAAUUCCGUUGAGGGGAGUUGGUGUUCAGACGACCGGAAGAUGGAUCUCAUGAAUAUGAUUGAUAGGGCAUUUGGUGAGCUCGCAAUACCCAAUGAGUGA